AUGGACAGCAACCCGUCUGUGACAGCGACAACGGUGAUCCCCGGCCGCCUUUGGCAGCCCCCGGUGGGCGCCAGCUGGCAGAUCGUUCUUAGUCAGUCAAUUGUUGCCAGCGACGUCCCGACUAUCACUCCUGAUGUCGACGUCUACGACGUCGACCUCUUCGACACGCCGCCUGAGACCAUUGCCGCGCUGCAUGCCCGCGGCAAGCACGUCGUGUGCUCAUAUGAGGCCUGGCGCACCGACGCGGCCAGGUUUGACAACGGCGACCUCGGAAGCGCGCUCAAGGGCUGGCAGGGCGAGAACUGGGUCAAGACCGGCAGCCCGACGGUGCGCGCCGUCAUGACCAGCCGUAUCCAGCUCGCCGCGAGCAAGGGCUGCGACGCCCAUCGACCCGGAAAACGUCGACGCCUAAACUGUGUCGAGUUCCUCGCCAGCACCGCCGCGGGCUACAAGAUGUCGAUCGGGCUCAAGAACGCCGGCGACAUCAUCCCUAGCGUGCUCUCUUCCGUCGGCUUCUCGGUCAACGAGCACUCCGAGCUCAACGCUGCCUGCAACUCGUCUGGCACCAAGGGCUUCAGCACUGUCAUCAAGAAGAUGAGCCUCGACAAGUGGGUUCAGUACUGCAACGACCAGAAGGCAAACUAG